AUGUCGAGCAGUGCACUGGUUCUUUCCAAGUACAGCCCUUUGGGGGAUAUGAUGGCGGCGGUGACGGUGGAGCUGGACAGACAGCGGAUCUCUGUGGUGCGCAGCAGUGGUGAGAGUUUGGGGGGAGGGUCCGCGGAGGAGCAGUUUGUGUAUGUGGAUGGGGCUGGGCGCAAGGGCGUUGUGUGUACGUGUGUUGAGUGGGUCGAUGUUGGUGGGGUUAUGUUGGUGGCGGUUGGAUUGAACAGCGGGGGAUUGAGGUUGUAUUCGCCGGCGGCGAAUCGGGUGGUGCAUGAGCUGAGUACUGGUGAUGGGUAUGGAAUCAAGGAUAUGAGUUUUUGCGGUGGGGCGCUGUGGUGUGUUGCUGGGGGUGAUGUUGUGUACAAGUUUAGUCUGGAGGAGUUGAAGGUUGUUCUGAAGUUGAAGCUGGAAGAAUGCCAGGGCUUGGUUAGGGUGUGUGCUUUGGGUGAAAAUACGCUGCUGUUAGCGUCGCAUUUGGUUUUUGUUGUUGAUGCUGUGGAGAGGCAGGUGAAGAUGCGGUUUCCUGGGCAUGUGUCGUCUGUUACUGUGUUGAAGCAGCUUGACGAUGCGCACUUUUUGAGUGGAGCUGAGAACGAUAGGUUUUUGAAUAUCUACAGUUUAGAGACCAGGGCCACCAAGAGUGUCCUCGUUGCGGAGUCGAAUGUGCUGUCGGUGUCGAACUCAGGUGCGGAUAGCGUUGCUGUUGCUACAGAAGAUGGUAACGUUGAGGUGUUUUCCGAUCCACUGGUUACUACGAAUACUAAACGGCGUAACAAUGUAUCCAGGCAGUGCACAAAGAGUAUCCGAAUGGUGCGGGAGAAUGAUUCGAGACCCAUCCGUCUAUUCGAUUGUAACAUUAGAAGGGACAUCGUCAAUAUUGCAUGGCUGGAGCGCGCUACGGUGCCAUACUUUGACCAGCUCCAGUGGGCCGGGUUGCAGGCAGUGCAUACUAUAACUAAACCACGUUUUGCACAGAAUUCGGGCCACGAUCGUAACGGCAAAAGUGGGAGUGAUUUGUCCUCUGCCAGGGCUUAUGUGGAGGGGAAUGCUACCGUUACAUCAGGAGACAACUUUAAGCAUAUCCAGGAGCUGGCAAACCAGUUGGGAAAGGGUAGCACAGACGACGAUGCCUUUGAGGAACAGUCAUUGCAAGAAAAGUUACUGGCAACGACCCAGCCGCUUGGCUCCCUGGCGUCCAAGAAAAACGUCGCCGUUGGGACUCUGACCGUUGUCCUAACCCAGGCAUUGGAGUCGAACGACCAUUCUUUACUAGAAACUGUUUUGAAUACGCAGGAUGAAAAGGUGAUCCAAUCGACAGUCAUCAAGCUGAGACCCGCACUUGCUGUUGUAUUUUUGGAGAGGCUAGCUGAAAGAAUUUCGAGGAAUACACAUAGGCAGGGUUUAUUGAACGUUUGGUGCAAAUGGUGUUUGAUAGUCCACGGUGGUUAUUUGGUCACCGUACCAAAGUUGAUCUCCCAGCUUCCAUCACUCCACUACACUCUAAAGAAACGCUCUGAACUGCUUCCCAGACUACAGCUGCUCGAAGUGAAAUUGGAUUGCUGUCUAAAUCAGUUGCAUGCCAAGAGAAUGAUGUCGGACAGUUACUCUAAGGGCAACAGUGGAUCCGAAAUUACCUGGCAGGAAGAGGGCGAGAGUGAAGUUGAAUACAACGAAGAGCUCGAUGAUGCAGGUGUUGUUGAAGAUGGUGAAGCAGAAGAAGAUUAUAGCAGUUCUGGAGAACAAGAAGAAGGACAAGACAAAUCCAGUAAGAAGCCACAUCAAAGUUACAAUGAAGAAAAUUUCGAGGACGAUGAAGAAAUGAGAAUAGACGAAGAAGAAGGUCACAGUGACGAAGAAGUGAAAUAA